UACGACGAAGUGGUCGCACUGAAGUUCGAGAUAGAAGUCCGGGGUACAGACUCGAUAUUAACCACGAAGCAAAGUCAUCGUCAUCCUCGCAGCAUGACCUCCCUUAUCGCCGUUCGCCGAUGCCGUUUGUGUCAUUCCUUUUCACUGACAUAUGGCUGCGUUUACGUUUGCCGCGACUAUUCCUGAAAUGGCGCGAUCAAACGUGAGAAGGCGGCACUCGGAUUUGCCGCAUUUCGAGUCUGUCGCCAGGAUCUCGAGCUUCCCCAUCGUCGAGAGCGGCAUACACAUUGCUGGUAAUGUGUAUGAGAAAAUAAAGCGUUCUAAUUCUUUGAUGAACUGGAGCUUGGAUACGGCAGAGCAUUCAUUAGCGAUUGCAACGGCGACGGCAAAGCCAGCUUUUUUCGCAUUCAACGGGCCAAUUACGACGAUCGAUCAGUUGCUGUGCAAGGGCAUCGACAUUGUCGAAGAGAGAGUGCCAGCAGUGCAUCUUCCUCCAUACGUCAUGUAUCUGAACACGCGAGAGUAUGUGAGUAACAAGAUUGUAAGGCCGGUGCUGAUGCGUGCCGGAAGCGUCAAGCAAAUCGGCAGUCAAGCCGCCGACGCCGCGGCUGACAGAUUGGACGGUGCAUUGACAGUUGCGGACAAGUAUGUAGACCGCUACUUGCCGGAGGAUCCAACUGACAAGGUGGACGGCAACGAGAUUAAUCCAGCUGAACCCGCGAGCAAAACGACACGAACGAUCAAGCAUGGUGCAAGAUUUUCACGAAAAUUGCAAAAGAGAUUGACAAGACGCACUUUGGCCGAGGCGCGCGCACUCAAGGAGCAAGGAACAGAGUGCAUCCACGUUCUUCUGUACGUGAUAGAGCUGUUAGCUACAGAUCCGAAAUUAGCGCUGCAGAAGGCCAAGGAGCUAUGGGCUACGUUGAGCUUAUCCGAACCUGAAAAUCAGGCACGCCCAGCUACAUUGGAGCAAUUGCUGGUACUGUUGACACGUGAAUCGGCACGGCGCCUGGUACAUCUGGUGAACGGCGCGUCGACAUUGGCGGCUAAGACCCCGCGACGCUUAGGUCACCUGUUCGCCAGACUCUCUGAUCAACUGCUCGCCGUUGCGGAUGCCACAUUGAAGAUGACAUCACUUACAGGUAAGAGCAAGAUCGCCGCAAAGGAACAAGUAUCUGUCAUACGCUCCGCGAUCGAGAGGCUGAAUUCAACUACAAAUCUAUUAUUGGAACGACUCGCUGAAUUCUUGGCUGGUCGUCCGAGAUCUCAGAAGGUACCACGCGUGCAGAACCGCCAGCAGAACCACAACAACCACAUGUCGGUGUCGUCUAAUCCUCCGAUAAACGGUAUCGAGUAACCGGCGCGAGUCCCGCUUGAAAACUGCUACGCGCGGGUUUCUUCCGGUAUGGUUUUCGGUUACAAGGUCAAAGACACUCUCGGGAGCAGGGAAGAAGUCGCGUCGAGCUGUCGCCGUCGCUACCGUCACCACCACCAUCGCUUAUCAAUUAACGCAACGCCCGCGCGAUUGCACCAUUACCUUUAUACGAAGUUUACGAUUUUGUAUACUCGUUGAUACACGAUAAUACAAAGACAGAAUAUAUUUUAUCACCGGCACAAUGUACCCGUGCCGCGCUCAUUCUUCUCAGUUUAGCCAUUGGUCAACUUAUUGCUUCUACGGUAGUUAAGAGUGUAAGUGAGAAAGGAAAAAAAAUAAAGGGUCGUCUUGAUUAAUCGUA